AUCGAUAGCUUCAGUUGUAUCCCUUGCAACCGUGGCUGCUACAGCCAGUUUAAAUUAACUUUGAGCAUUCGCUCAAUUUUCAGCAGUAUCUUUUCGUAAAACUACUUCUGUUGUGCAUUUAUUAGGGGCCAACGGAGUGUUUUCGGUCGCGAAUUGAAGGGUUAAACGCGGUAAUUAAAAGGAUCGGCGCCAAGACGCCAGGGACACAGAAAAAUCUGAUCAACCGACAGACAAAGCUGCACUGCGGUCGUCGGCGACAAAGUGCGCUGUGCUCGGACGACCAGAGAAUCGGUACGCGAGCGAGUUUUUUUUUUCGCGUUUCAUUUUGGGUUUCAGUUACCUGCGCGCAACAACCCCGUGUUUCUGCCCUUCGGCGCGGUCCUUGGUUAGAGUGUCGGGCAAAUAUAUCCAACGACUACUGGCGCGCUGUCCACCGUUUGGUUUUCAGUUUCCCGUGUCCCCUGUCCCCUGUCCGGCAGGCCAAACUACGUAAGCGGGCGAAAGCAGCCCAGUGGUGAACUCCGUGUGGCAGCGUUUUCGGUUGUGUCCUUCUGGGGCACCGGAGUACCAGCUCGGCAGUGCUCGCGUUCGCAACCGUUUGGCCACAGCUAGCACCCUGGAGAAGCAAAACAAGCGCGCCCAGCUCAUCCGGGACAAGAUGGUGUUGGCCGAGCGCAACACCACGGACGUGGUGCGGAACGGGCGUCGGUCUCGCGGUCCCAGUCCCAACACCCACACCCACACCCCCGGCGGCGUGGGCACCAACAGCACCAGCCUGGUGGGCAGUGGCGGCGGCGGCAACUCUGGAAACGCUAACGAGAAGACCACCACAGCCGUCCCGGGUGCGGGCACGCCGGAGAGCUCUGAUGACGACAACUCCACCAAGCGGAACGGCAAGAGCAAGGCCAAACAGUCGGAGUACGAAGAGAAAAUCCGCGUGGGACGCGACUACCAGGCGGUGUGCCCGCCACUCGUGCCGGAGGUGGAGCGACGCCCGGAACAGAUGAACGAACGCGCCCUUCUCGUCUGGUCGCCCACAAAGGAGAUCCCGGAUCUGAAACUCGAGGAGUACAUCUCGGUGGCCAAGGAGAAGUACGGCUACAACGGUGAGCAGGCCUUGGGCAUGCUCUUCUGGCACAAACACGACCUGGAGCGGGCCGUAAUGGACCUGGCCAACUUCACGCCCUUCCCGGACGAGUGGACCAUCGAGGACAAGGUGCUGUUCGAGCAGGCCUUCCAGUUUCACGGGAAGAGCUUCCACCGGAUACGCCAGAUGCUGCCAGACAAAUCCAUUGCCAGUUUGGUCAAGUAUUACUACUCGUGGAAGAAGACGCGCCAUCGCAGCAGCGCCAUGGAUCGGCAGGAAAAGACAAUCAAGGCGGUGGUCAAGGAUGGAUCCGAGAACGGCAGCGAGGUGGGCAGCAAUGAGGAGUCUGAUAACGAUGACAAGAAGGGGCAUAGCAACAAUAGCACCACAUCUAUUACCGACGCCACCACCACGACCUCAACAACCAACAACACCACCUCUACCACCUCUUCCGUAAACACAACAACUGCCAACACCAUCAACAGCAACAACAACAACAACCAUAGUAGCAACAUCAACAACAACAACAACAACAACCAUAGUAGCAACAUCAACAACAACAACAACAACGGGGAUGAAAACAACCAAGGGAGCAACCAAGGCGGAAGCAACAGCAGCAACACCAGCAACAACGAUCUGGAUCCCGAGCAAUUAGGCAUCUUUGCGGCAAAUAAUAAUGGCCAGGGCGACGAGGUGCUGGGAUUUGGCCUCUCGUCUGCCGAUGGUGCCACCAAUGGUGGCAGCAACAACAACAACAACGGCGAGAUUGGUGGCGAUCCCAGCCUGCUGCGACGAGUGGUUGUGGGCGGUUUUUGCAAGAUAUGCAACGUGGUGUGCCACGUGCUGCACGACUCACCGCUCGGGCGCAUGUGCAAGAGUUGUCACACCCACUGGAGGCGCACGGGCAACCGGCGACCCAUUUCCGGGCCGGAGAGCAAUGCUCCCCGACGAUCCACCCAUAACUGCGCCGCGAACGCCGAUCGCUCCAAACGCAAACCGCCCAAGGGCAUGUACAUCAACCAUGACGAUCUGACAGCCCUCGCGAGCUGCAAGAAUCCCAGUGUCUAUCUGGCGGAACGGGAUCGGAAAAUAACAGCACUCAUGGCCGAAAUACAGAAGAAUAGGCAGAUGAUGGAGCAGCUGGACAAGGAGUGCGACUCCAUCAACUUGGAGGAUGUGGUAUCAAAACCGGCGACAGCCAACACCGAAACUGCCCAGCCACGCAUUUCCGCCCGAUGGUCACCGGACGAGAUUCAAGUGGCUCUUCUGGCGCUCCGCGAAUACGGAAAGAACUUUCCUAUGAUUGCCAAGCUGGUGACCACCAAGACGGAGGCGCAUGUGCGAACCUUCUACUUGAACAAUCGGCGACGCUACAAUCUCGAUCAGAUCGUAAAGGAGUACGAGGCUGGCAAGUCCGAGGAGUCCGGAGCGGAGGACCAAAACGAGCCAGCCGUUGAUGCAGCAGCAUCAGCAGCAUCCGCAGCAACAGCUGUAGGAACAUCAACACCAACAGCAGCAACCGCAGCAGCAGCAGCUCCAUCAGCAGCACCCGGUGCAGUCGAUUCGGCAUCAGCGACGAUUGCGACGGCAGCCAGGAAGCAGUCCACCGAGACCAGCAACAACGGCGUAGAGCCCAACCAGGAGUCGCCGUCCAAAAAGGAGGACUCGUCCAACACCAAAAAGCCAGAGCUGGCGGCGGGUGGUGCUGGCGAGGCAGCAGAUGACACGCUCGCCGUGCCAUCCAGCGUGAGCUCCAGCACAGGCACACCACCCAGCAAUGUGACUCCUGGCACCGCUGGCAGCAACAAGCCCACCGGUGGCAGUGCUACAAUCACCAUUACCGACGAGUCCGACACAGCCACUAACUCCAGCAGCGAUGUGGUAACCAGUGGACCGGCCGGAGCCACCGGUUCAUCCGCAUUGUCCAGCGCAAGUUCUGCUUCUGCUUCGGCUUCUGCACCCGCACCCAAAUCUCAAGCCAGCAGCGAAGAGCUGAAGUCCAAUCCGGCGAUCAGCGGGGUUGUCGCAUCCGGAACUGUGGCUGCGGGUGCUGGCACGGCUGCCAAUCCCACAAGAAAGCGGGAUAGCUCCGUAUUGGCUAUCGCCGAGCAGCCAGCAGCCAAGAAAGUCGCAGUGAGCGGCACCAGCGGCGGCGGCGUAGAGUUCAUGGGCAAGUGAGGAGACCCUGCGGCGCCGGGAGACGUGUUCACUCGCGAUAUAUAUACACGCAUAAAUAAAUAUACCACCAUACCUACCGGUACAUAACAUAGCUUGAUGUAGGACGGCGACCAGGAGAUGUGUACGCCACCAGCUGGGAAUACACGUCCAGAGGUUUUGCAGCCUGCCGCCAGGUUGUUAGCCGUAUUCCUUUUUAUUAUUUGUCUAUAAAAUUUUGGACGCAACACUAAAUCGAUUUUACAUGCGAGGAUCGUACAUGCAUAAUUUCUUUCAACAUAUGCACGUAAUCUUUGAGUAUGAUGCUCGGUAAAUGAGAAGGAAAGGAAAGAUACAUGUAUAUUUUACAACAAAUUGUAUAUGUAUCAGAGAUGAUUUUAAAUGGGUUUAACGGGUAAGAUACUUUCCUAAGACCACACAAAACUAAUGAGUAGUGCACACAGCAGUAGAAAAAGCGGAGCGUUGGUGCAGAUCAUGUAUGUAAUAUUACGUUAAUUCUAAGAAAAAUGAGUUAUACGCGUGUAAAUUAUUAACUUAACUGUCUUUUUUUUUCAUCGUGAAAUAAUUUAGCAUUUAAAACAAAGUACUUGGGCUAGGCUUGUAGGCAAAGUCGUCGUCGUAAAUUUGAUCGGAGCUGAGGCACAGGAAACGUUGGUGGAACGCAAAGGAAAAUUCAUAUUCAGCAACAAGUUUCUGUUAGGCUAAUUAUUAUGUAACUGAAUACACUUGGCAACAAUUGUAUACAAGCAGCGCUAUUCGUUCAAGUAAAACCAUUAAAUAUGUAAUACUACGAAAAAUGUGUCAGGUUACGUCUAUCUUACUAAAUCCUAGGAUCUUAAGUAUCUACUGGCCUACGAAACUCGAUUUCUCUGUUCUUAGUAAAAGUGGUCUGAAUAAGAAGUUUGAACAUCUCGGAUCGGAUUCAGCUUGGCAAAAGCCUGUUUCUAAUGAGUUGUUAACAAUAAACAUAAAUAUAAUUCACAAA